UGAGGCUAUGCAUUAACCGGCUCCCACACCCUUCAUAGAACUGGCUAUCUCCCGUCCAAGGUGUUCAACCCUCUCCGGUUUUAUCUGGUAAAACCCGAAGCCUUCCGGGGUUAACAUGUCUAAACUCCGUGACUGCCGAUUUCCCUGACAGUAUAUCAGCUGACAAGACUCAGUGAAAUGAUGAACAUACAUCCUCAAUCAAUAACAGGCAGUGGCUAGAGUCCCUAUUUUUCCUCAUGAUGGUCAAGCAACGCAUCUUCAUCACCGGUGGCAGCGGCUACAUCGGCUCCGCCAUCAUCGAACAAGCAACCGCUCAAGGAUACGAAGUAUACGGCAUAUCCCGAAACGAGACCAGCGACGCCAGAUUAACCGGUCUAGGGGCAGUUCCCGUCCGAGGGGACCUCCACUCUCUCGAUGUCCUGCGCGAGCAAAGUGCUCAUGCUGACAUUGUCAUGCAUCUCGCCGACCCCAUGGCAGCUAACCACCACAUGCCAUAUGAGGAACGGAUACGCAUUGACGACGCUGCCGUGGAGGCUAUCGGGGCCGGCUUAGAAGGGAGCAACAAGCCUCUUGUUGUCACGUCUGGCACCCUGGUGGUUGCAGCAACUGGCGCCGAGACGGACGAGACAUCACCUCUAUGGGAGAAGCCUCUCAAUGACCGCAUAGUAUGCGAGCAGAAUAAUCUGAAACUCUGCGAGAAGGGUGUCAAAGUCUCCGUUAUCCGUCUAGCUCCGUUUGUCUAUGGUCGUGGGGCUAGCGGUGUUGGACUGUUCAUGAAGAUGUACAGCAAUAUGAAGGGGGUCAGCUACGUUGAGCCUGGCGAUGUAUUCACCUCUGCCGUGCAUGUGGAGGAUGCCGCGUCCUUGUAUAUACUGGCGGCUCAGAAGGCCAAGGCAGGUGACAUCUUCAAUGGCGUGUCAUCGACAAAUGUGACCUUCCGUCAGCUGUCAGAAGUGAUGGGGGACGUCCUCGGUCUUCCGGUGCAGUCGGUCCCUUUCGACACUGCUGCAUCGCGAUGGGGCGAGUUCUAUGCUCUCUUUCUUAGCACAGAGAACCGUGCAUCUGGUGCCAAGGCGAUGAGAGAACUGGGUUGGGAGCCCAAUAAGGUUGGCAUUAUUGAGGAUGUGAAAUGUGGAUCAUAUGUCUCUCUUACAGAGAGUUUGAAGGGCUCUACUGUCGCGUGAGGUGCGAAGUGGCCCGGACUGGUGUUCUUUACUGGCCUCACGGGGGCAGGCCCAUUUUCUAUCAGCUCCUCGGCGGUUGCCAGCCAAAAAAGGACACUGCCAGGAUACCGAGGCCUGGGUCAUCUGUACAGCUUGGCCACAUCUAAAAGUCAAAAUCAUUAGACGUGCAAUUCAUUCCAGUGUUGGAAUGGUUGGGUAGUGUGAUUUUUUAACUAGG